AUGGUGGAUGUGUAUCAAGAAGUCGUCGACAAAUUGUGCCAAAUCCAUUCAGAUGACGUCGAAAAGUGUGCGGAAAUCCUGGAAAUUCUAGCGAUCGAAGAUGCGAAAUGCGGGGGAAGAGUGAAUUCUGCAAUGUGGAGAAUGAUGAAGAACCUCAUCGCCUUUGAUCGGCCAUUCAAGUCUUAUUCCGAGAAGAUCGUUCUGUCAGCCGAGAAAAUGCCGCCUCGACCAGCAGCGCCGUUGGGCCAAACUAUGGAUGUAGUCCCGAAAAAGAGACAAAGGAUAGAUGAAGAGCCGGAACGGCUACCUGUGGAUGGAGAUAUAGUAUCUCAAAUACGCCGAUACGCGUGGUUUUUCACAAGAGGAGACAGUUUGAAGAGAUCUGCAAUCCCUGUGACGAAGAAUAUUGCGAUUACUGUCCGCCACGAAGCGAAUAAUACGAUUUCAAUAGGAGAUUCAAUCGCACUGACGUCAUAUCAAAACCAUGAAGUGGUAGUCGAUACGUCGGUAAUUCUCAUCGACGAAUCUCUCGAUUUUGUCGCCCUUCAAUCAAAGGCCGUCGAGUUCUGCGAUCGCGAUUUAUUGUUGGAUGCAGUCAAUCCUAUCAGAGGAAUGAAGUAUCUGUUGAUGGGCUACUCUGUAAUACACGGAAGCACUUCGCACAUUUCAUUCAGCACGGGAAUUAUAUCGAGUGAUAUAACCCCAAGAUGUCGAUAUUUGGGAUCGAGCCGUGUCUUCAAAGGCGACAGGGGAGGAAGUUGCUGGGACGAUGCCGGAAGAUUUAUCGGGAUGCAGGUGGAGGCUGAGGUGGUUCCUCACACAAGGGACAAUAAUGGCCGUCCAGGAUCACCGGCAACGGGUGGACGAUGUGGUAUCAUCCCGAUCACUUGCAUUCGAACAAGACUCUUGGAUUUCCUUCCGCCUCAAGAAGAUGUCGAUUUGAAUGAAUAA